GUAAUCUAUGACUGAACCUAUUUAAUACAUUUUUUACCGCCAAAAUAGUCUAAUCAAGCCAAUUUAACAAAUAUUUUAAGUUUUUUUCUUGUGCAUAUAUCAUCAUGACUCUGCCCAAAUUGUCAGAGGGAGCUCUAAGUAUUAUUAUGAAGGGGGGCACAUUUGAGAACCCUAUCAUGCAAAUUCUUGGUAGCAAGAAAAUAGCAUCAGGAAGCUCCGACAAGGAACGUUAUCGACUGUUACUGUCAGAUGGAAAAUAUUUAAUAUCAUUUGCAAUGUUGUCUACUCAUAUAAAUGAAUUGAUAGUAGCUGGUGAAUUGAAAUGCAAUUCUAUAAUAAAGAUAAAAAAGCACAUAACAAGUGUUAUCAAUAACUCAGGGAGAGGUGACAAACGAGUCUUGGUCAUACUUGAUCUUGAAUUGUUAGUGCCUGGAGAUACUUGCUCCAAAAUUGGAUCUCCUGUACAACUACCAGACGAUGAAAUUUCUUGCAGUUCAAGCGAACAGAAUAGUACUACCUCAAAUGGCACAAAGGCACACCCCCAGGAAGAAAGAAGUACUGUCUCUCACAAUCAAUCAAGUAACUUGAAUUCUUCAUUAAAUACUUCAUUGCAAGAUUCAGUGAUACAUCCAAUUUCCAGUUUAAGCCCUUACCAGAACAAGUAAUAUCAAGAUUGUAGUGUUGUAUUUUUACAGAUUGAAAUUACUUUGUGGGGUAGAGAUGCUGAAAACUUUGACGGUUCUUCCCAACCGAUACUCGCAUUGAAAGGCGCCAGAGUUGGAGAAUUUAAUGGAGGAAAGAAUAUAUCCGUCUUAAGCAGUACACAUUUAAAAAUCAAUCCUGAUAUUCCUGAAGCCCAUCGUUUAAGAGGAUGGUUCGAUAAUGGAGGUUCCAAUAAUACAGUUACCAACUUAAGUGUAAGGUCUGGAGCUGGAGGAGCAAUUUCAGCACCUUGGAUGAAUUUUGAGGAAGUAAAAUUAAACAAACUGGGGAAUGCCGAAAAGGGUGACUAUUUCCAAGUAAAAGCCACAGUGUUGCUUAUCAAGACCGAAAAUGCUCUUUAUAAAGCCUGUCCUACUGAAGAAUGUAAUAAAAAAGUCAUCGAUCUCCAAAAUGGAAUGUACAGAUGUGAAAAAUGCAACGCGGAAUUUACUAACUUCAAAUAUCGAUAUAUUUUAAUGCUCAAUAUAUGUGACUGGUCAGGCAAUCAGUGGGUUAAUAUGUUCAAUUCAGAAGCGGAGAAAAUGCUUGGUGUAACUGCUCAAGAGGCAGGUGAAGCCCUAGAAAACGACCCAGAAGCUUUUGCUGCUAUUGCAGACAGAGUACAUUUCAAGGAAUUUGUAUUUAAGUGCCGAACCAAAUCAGAAGUGUAUAAUGACGAGAAUCGCCUAAAAACCACUGCCCUUGCAGUAAAUCCAAUUGAUUAUAAGGAGUACAAUGCAUAUUUACUAUCAAAAAUAGAUAAUAAUUUAAAUUGUUGAACUUCUUGUGUCAAAUCCUACCUUAUUUUGUUUAAUUUAAUUUUGAUUUAUUUGUUAAUGCUUAUA